UGCCGUUGGCUGCUGUCACUCACUCCCCAACUUUCCUCUGUGAAGAGUUCGAGUUCAGCCCGAGCCUUGUCAGUCAAAAGCCAGCAGGUGGGUUCAGGAGUACGGUGUAGUUUUCAGCUUAAAGACAGGGGAGCAGAGGCGAGUGCGUUUGUGCGAUGAUUUCUCUCUAGUCUGAUGCAUGUUCAAUCUCUGCAAAAACCAGCCGAAAAAAAAACACUAAUGCUUUUGCGAUUAAAGACAGCUCCUUAAAUUGAACCUCGAGGACAAAGGAUCGAUGAAAUUCGAGAAAUAAUUGUCAAGUAGCCGGAAAACUACAAAAGGAGCCUGGCUGUGAGAUCGAUCCAAGUGAUCUGAUCGGAAUAAAACCAGCCUGUAAUAUCCAGGUAAGAAGCUAAACACAGGAAAGAAUGGGAGACUGGAGUAUCUUGCAGAACCUGUUGGAAAGUGCUCAGCAACACUCCACUGUGGUAGGGAAGGUGUGGUUAACGUGUCUCUUCAUCUUCCGCAUUCUGGUGCUGGGGACAGCCACCGAUAAAGUGUGGGGAGAUGAGCAGUCCUUCUUCACCUGUGACACCAAUCAGCCUGGCUGUCAGAAUGUCUGCUAUGACAGGAUCUUCCCCAUCUCCCACAUCCGCUUCUGGGUGCUGCAGAUCAUCUUUGUGUCCACCCCAACUCUGGUCUACCUGGGCCACAUCUUCCACCUGGUGCGAAUGGAGGAGAAACGGAAGCAGAAAGAAAAAGAGAAGCUGAGUAAAUAUCUGGACGGAAACAAGGAAGCACUGACACAGAAUGCAGAGAAUGUUAAAUGCUCCUUGCUGGAUGAACAGGGCAAAAUUAGAAUGCAAGGAGCUCUUCUCCAUACAUAUUUGUUCAACAUUAUUUUCAAAACCAUUUUUGAAAUUGGCUUUAUUUUAGCCCAAUAUUACCUCUACGGUUUUGAGCUGAAACCUCUCUACAAGUGUAACUACCAGCCUUGUACUAACCCUGUUGACUGCUAUAUCUCCCGUCCAACUGAAAAGACCAUUUUCAUCAUUUUCAUGCUGGUCAUGGCUUGCCUUUCACUAGUUUUGAACCUAAUUGAAGUAUGUCAUCUGGGAGUGAAGAAAUAUAGAGACAGGGUCAAGGAAAGUCAUGUCUCAAAAGCAACCUGUAAGCAAAAUGGGGGUCACUCGCUUGCAGGAAUGCAGCCCUCUGCACCUAGUUACCAAUACCUUUCCAACCACAAUGGGCCACAGCUAUAUAAGAUGGAGUCAAGGUACAGUGUCUCUCCCAUGACACAAACAAAUUCUGUGACGCAGCCUUACAAUGGCAAUAUGGCAACAAAGCAAAACCAAGACAACUUUGCCAUGAUGGAUGACAAACAGGAGAGACACGAGGAGACAAGCUCACUCCCCAGUAGCCAUGUUUCUGUGACCAACAAACGGAAGAAUAGUGACACAAGCAAGCAGAGCAAUCGAACUAGAUCUGAUGAUCUAGCAAUCUGAGUUUCUGGCUGCUUAAGUGAUGAAUUGCUGACUAAAGAAAUCAUUCCAUUUGAAUUUCAAAAGAAAAGCUCCCCCUAAAAUUUGAAUCCAGCCACUAAUGGGAAAACUGUCAAAGUGACAAAUUGACCAACAUGACAAAGUAGAUACAUAGCUCUUGUAUCAACACCAGAAUAAGGUGUCAGUUAUGUUUGAUUUAUAUGCGUUGCAUUGUUGAUGUCAUUUGUUUCUUCCAUAUGAAAACACCAGUGUCAGUAUAAAUGGAGCAAAAUUGCUCUUUGAAAGAAAUGAAAUUUCAGAAAUCCACUGUUCCCUUAUUUUACAAGUUGGAAAGUCCAAUAUUCUCCCUGUUUUUAUUAACAGAGAUGCUCAGUUCAUAUGGAAUUCAAAGAACUAAACUUUAUUUAAAAUUCCUAUGAAUCCUGAAACAUUUAUAGGGUUAUUGUCAUCAUCAAAAAGGGUUUGUGAAAUUUUCUUUCCGUAAGCAACUGGAAUUUGUCAUUUUUGUAACAAUGAAAUCAUUAAUUAAUUAGUCAAUCAAUCACAUUAAUG